AUGGAAUGCUUGACAGUCCUGAGACAAUCGCAUACCGAGGUCAUUAGCGAUUUGCGUGCAAUUUGCGAGAAGUUGAAGUUGAUCAAGUCAGAAACAGCAGAUCUUCGCAAUAACUUGGCCAUGGAAGCGACAGAGGAUAAACUGAUUGGAGAUCUCGUCUUGAAUCAGACACUCUCGAGCAUUAUCUACAAGGCACUAUUGAAGAUGGCAAAUAUGGAUGAUAAAUUAAAUGUGCUCGAACAAAAUAUGAAAGUCACUUCAACGGAGGCUGACAAGCUUUUACUUGCAGCGGAUAAUCAUCACACAGAAUUGGUAGACUCCGAUUCUGAUUCCGAAGCCGGAUCUUCUACUUCAACUAUAGUCGAUGAGCCAUUGCAGUCAAGUGCCACAUACAGCUCUGAACUGCAAACGCUGCUCAACUCUCUUAAGAAUCGAGAGAUUCAACUAGAUUUCAGUCUUGAAGGGGUAAAGUCCGAGUCGACAGUGAAGCAACAACUUGUGCAUCCCAUUGUGCGCAUUAAGGAGAGGAAUGCUGCUGAAGAUCAGAAUAUAAACUCUUCGGAUCGCAUUGAUAGACAACUGUUUGAAUCGUUUGGAGAUCAUCGCAACAGGUUGCUGGCUCAUUGCCAGUAUGUGAUGCGAUCCUAUGGCAUUCCUAUGUACGAGUUCUCAAUGUCCUGGGCCAGUGGACACGCGCUUUGCGCCCUCAUUCACUAUCAUCACCCGGAAUUGAUCGAUGAGUCGUAUUUGAAGUGCAAAAAUGCUGAUGUUACUCUGCAAUAUGCCAGCGAUGUAGCACGUUCAAUUGGCGUCGAAUUCGAGGGCAGUUUGGUCCGAUUGUAUCGUCAAAAGCGUCCCAGUUACAUCAAGGUGUUCACUUUCGUCCACAAGCUGUAUAACAAACUCAUCUCUAUACCGACGUCCAAAAGCAAGUGA